AUGCGCCAUUUGAAAUCUUCUUCACUACAACAACAACAACAACAUCUCGCGCUGCGGACAAUCCUCUUCAUCAUAGCACGACAACAUCAUCAACAAGACCCUCUCCUGCUCUCUGCAAGAUGGCUGCCAGCGCCGACGGUGCGAUCGAUCCGAAUGUCUUCCCAGAGGGCAGCGUCCAAAUCCUCAGAUGUCCUUCUUUGGCAUGGCCUGCAAAUGGAGCAAAUCCAGUCGCCUACGUCGAGCGUGUAUUAG